CACGUGACGUUGACGUUUUGCAUCAUGGCGGCAUCGGAACCAGCUUUGGCAACAUCAUUCAUGGAUCCUUUUAAAGAUGUACUUGUUAAAUAUUUAAUGCCGGAAAAAUGUUAUGACGAGUUUUUCUUACAGUUCAAUCCUCUGCACGUUGAUUGUUUGAAGAUUGUAAUCAGCAAAGGCCUGGGCAUUGGUAUUAUCCUUGGCUCAGUGUUAGUGAAGCUACCUCAGAUUCUGAAGCUGAUCGGUGCUAAAAGUGCUGAAGGCCUGAGUUUUAACUCUGUUCUACUGGAGCUGUUUGCUAUCACAGGCACCAUGGCCUACAGUAUAGCCAACAGCUUCCCUUUCAGUGCCUGGGGUGAGGCCCUUUUCCUCAUGUUUCAGACAGUGAUCAUUUGUUUCCUCAUCCAGCACUAUGGAGGAAACACCAUCAAAGGUUUGGUGUUUCUGCUAGUCUACCUUGGUCUGUUGGCAGUUCUCAUCUCUCCCUUGACCCCCCUGUCUAUUGUCACUACCAUGCAGGCCUCCAAUAUGCCAGCCAUCAUCUUUGGACGGUUAAUUCAGGCUGGCACCAACUACAGAAAUGGCCACACUGGGCAGCUUUCAGCCAUCUCAGUGUUUCUACUGUUUGCAGGUUCCCUAGCACGUAUAUUUACUACGGUGCAGGAAACAGGAGAUACCCUGAUGGCUGUCACGUACAUCAUUUCCUCUUGUUGUAAUGGUGUGAUCGCUGCUCAGGUCCUUUACUAUUGGAACAGCAGUCCUGCCCUUAAGAAGAAGGCUGAGUAGAUCCUAAAAAAGGUGACACGCAGGCAGAUUUCUAAUUCAGUGACCACUAUGUGCUAUGAACAACAGAUAUAGUGUGAAAUGUCUCCUAAUCAAAAUGACGGUUCUAGUCAAAUUGAGCUCUGUCCCUUGAUCAAUUGUUAAAGGAAUUUUUAACAUAUCAUGCAGCAUGCACAAACAGGCUGGUACGAACACUGUAUAAAUAUUCAUGUAUUUCAGGUUCUUUUAAAUGGACCAAAAAGUCAGUAUAUAGUAUAGUGGGGGUUCUUUCUAUAAAUUGUAGUAUUGUUUUUUUCUUCUCUUUUAUUUACUCUUUGUUCGGGUAGUGGGCUACAUAUUCAGCACUUGGACCAUUUUCUCAGCUCAGGGAAGGGAACGGUGUCUAUGGUAUUCUUUCUUUCAACCCCACACCUACAAACUUAUGUAAUGAUUUUAUUUAAAAAAAUAAUAAUAAUAAUCCUUGUUUUAUGAUUGACAUACUGUAUUGCCUAUGACAUCACCCUGGCUAACUGUAUAUUUGCCAAAGCCCAUGUACUAGAAAUUAUUUUCCUAAUUAUUCUCCUUCAUUCCUGCUGAUGUAUUGAAGGAUUGGUUGGAUAGCCAGUUAGUGACUGCUACAGUUGAUAACAGCUCUUAGUGUCUAUCAAAAUAAAUACUAAUUUAGUAAUGCAUUACAAAUAUAUAGUAUUUUGAUAUGGCAUAGAUUUUGAACUCAACACUAAAUCUGUGGGGCAACACAGCAGAGUGAAAUGAGAUUACAAUUCUAGAAUUGUAAAUGUGUGCAUAUUUUAAAUGUCAUCGUACGUGAUGUACAUUUGUCAUUGUAUGCUAAAGGCUGUCCUGCUAGAAUUAAAUAGUUCCCAUCGUUGGUUGUCCCCUCUGUGUAGACAAAUCUACCCCCAUGAACACUAUUUUAAGUCUUCCAGAAACUCGGAGCUGUUAGCCCUAGGCUAUUAUUUUGUAGUCGACAAUAUAAAGGAUUUUUCUUAAUGUUAUGGAGAAGUAUUUUAGUGGGUCACUAUUCUAUUGUAUUUCAGUGGGAAGUAUCAAUGCAUGCAUGCCAUUUUGAAUGAGGGAUGAAUUGUAAAUAAUAGUUGGAACUGGGUAAAAUUUACUACAAAGCAGUAGUACAUUUUUUUUAAAUAUAGUAGUGUUCAGCCAUCAAAUGCCAGUUGUUUCAAGCUGUCUCCAAGUGAAAGGAAAUUCAUUUGAAUGCUUUUGACCAUUGAGUAAAACAUGUCCAUCAGAUAAUGUGUUCAUUGCUCUUUUUUUUUUUUUUUUUUUUAAAUUCAAACUACAUUUCCUGUAGUUUGAAAUGCUUAAAAAAAAAAAAGCUGCAUACACUUGUAGACAGUUUAAUAAAAGUUUAUAUUCUUUUUUUAAAUUGUCUUUCACAUUUUGGGUUGAAGGACAUGAUUGUGAUACAUAUUUAUACCACCAGAGAGAGGCAAAGAGUUGCAUCAACUACAAAUACAGAUGUGAGGCAUUUGUAUCCUUUAGCUUAAGGAUUUUCAAGGGGGCCAAAUAUAGACUCUAUGGGGUCUGUGGACAAUUUAAGAAAAAAAAGUAUUUUUUACUAAAUGUAAUUUUAGGGCUGUCAAAGUUAACACAUAAUUUGCAUAUGUUUAUGCAAAUUAUAUUAUAUUAACGCUAUUUUUAUGUUUACCUCAUUUGAAACCAUUACAGUUUGAUUCUGCUCCCUAAAGACCAGUUGGAUCUUUGGAUGAGCACCAUAGGUGUUUAAAACUUAUCAAUACUUAGGAAACAUACACACUGCAGUUCCUCAGCUUAGUUCCUGUUUAUCAGUAAAUGACAGUCACGCCUCACAAACACCACUGGCUUGUCAGGAUGCUCAAACCAAGUAAUUUUUGAUGGAGCCACAGUGUUUACAUAUUUAAGGGAAAUCAACCUACCAAUGGUUUUGUUGUCUCUGAACAUAAGGCUAAAAUUGUAUUGUAGCAUUGAAAAAAAUCUAAAGACUGCUUUUUGCCCCUGUGUGCAUCCUCUCCUUAUUAAAGAGUCCAUUCUUCCUAAUGUAGCAAAUUAUCUAUUGUUUAUUUUAUUGGAUAUUUGUGCAGCCUUGACAUGAUUUAUCAUCCUGUUCUCAUUUAAUGUUGCAGGUGAUUGGUUGGCAUUCCUGCAUUACAGAACAUUUUUGUAUGUGGGGUUCCUCAAGGUUCAAUUUAGUUUAAUUAUCUUUAUAUUUGCUGCCCCUUGGCUCAAUUUAUGCUGAUUAUACAUAAUUGUGCCUUUCUUUGAAUCCUGAUGAUGACCUCUCUUUUAAAUCCCUUUUUGAUUGCUUGAUGUUAAAUGUCAGAUAGCUAAAAACCUUACCCAUUUAAAUGAGAAGAUAGAGAUAAUCUUUUUUUGACACAAGUGGAUGUCUUAAAGUUAUAGUGAACGCAAAUGAAGAUUUUUAGAACAAUAUAUCAGCUCUUUUGGUCCUUACAAUGCAAGUGAAAUGUGACCAAAACUUUGAAGCUCCAAAAGCACAUAAAGGAGGCAUAAAAUAAUCCGUAUGACUCCAGUGGUUUAAUCAAUGUCUUUCAAGCGAUACUAUAGGUGUGGGUGAGAAACGGAUCAAUAUUUAAGUCCUUUUUUACAUUCUUUUGUUUUUGUUGAUUCACAUUCUUCGUGCAUAUUGCCACCUACAGGGUAGGGUGAAAAUGUUAUAGUAAAAAAGGACUUAAAUAUUGAUCAGCUAACAAACUGCUUCUUAUGUGGUUAGAUGUCUGUUUGCAAUUUCGGCUGCAUAUUCACAGAGUCAACUCGGGGACAACAUUAUGUUCAGUUUCGUAGCUAGUGUUGUUCCUAUGGACACCACGGGUAGCAGAAAGUGUCAGACUUGAUGGCUUUUUUUUUUUUCCAACAAUAUAAAACACACCUAUUGUCCAUUAUGCUCUUGGCAGACCCUUUCUCAGAAAAAUAAUUUACUAGAUAGUAAAUAUAUUGUGUUUUUUAUUAUUAUAUUGUUAGCUAAAGAUACAAGGUAAUGGGGCUUGGUUUGAUUCUGUGAGAGUGGUCAGCUAAAUGAAUUUGCUAUUAUAAUGCAUACUGCUGGAUAACAGGCCAAAAGUAGAUACAACUGCUAGAAAGGAAUGUGAUCUCAAUUUAGAACUAGAAAAAUGUAUUUAAUUGUUAAGAGUCUGUGUUUUGGGAGGUCUUGCACAGAGUGUUUGUUUUCUCUGAU